AAUCGAUCAAAACCCUCUUUCUUCAAAAACCUAAACCCUCGCAAAUUUGUGGCGGCGGAGACCCCCAUACUCUCUAUCAAUUCCCUCCCAAAAACCCAAUAAUUUCUGGGGUUUCUUACCCUGUUUUUGAAGAUCUAUCAUCUCUAUCGUCAGCAUGGCCGCCAUGGCUCCUCCUGCAGAUCAAGCUUCUGAUUUGCUGAAGAAUCUAUCAAUUGAUUCGCAAGCCAAGACUACGGAAAUUCCUGAACCCACUAAGAAGUCUUCUGUGGACGCUGGGAAUGGCCUGGUUCAACCUACUAAUAGAUCUGUAACCCCUUUGAUCCCGGAUUUCAUGGAUCCAACAAUGGCUUAUUAUCCAAAUGGUUAUGCUUCCGCUUACUACUAUGGAGGCUACGAUGGAACUACCAAUGAUUGGGAUGACUACUCAAGAUACGUGAAUCCUGAUGGAGUUGAUUUAUCUCAUGGUGUUUAUGGUUAUGGUUAUGCACCAUAUGGACCUUAUUCUCCUGCUGGCUCACCUAUGCCAACAGUAGGUCAAGAUGGUCAACUCUAUGGGGCCCAACAUUACCAGUACCCCACUUCUUACUUCCCACCAAUGACCCCUACAACCCCUUACUCUCCUGCUCCUCCAAAGGGUGAGGUCACUGCAACUAAAGAGGAACCUGCUUUAUCUUUGGACACAACUAAAGGAAACACAAAUGGUGUGAAGGGGAACACUGGUUCUACCCCUGUGAGGCCAACAUCAUAUCAGAAUUCAUCUUUCAAUCCAAAUGGAACCUUUGGGAGAGGUGCACAAACUGGCUAUCAAGAUCCAAGAUACAGUUAUGAUGGGCUUCAAUCACCUAUGCCAUGGCUAGAUACCCCAAUAUACCCUGAUCCCCAAACAAAAAACAACUUAAAUGCUCCAGUUGCUUCAAGAACUCAAAAUGUUCGACCUAAUUCUCAUCUCAUGAGUCCAAGACCAAUGUCUACCUUGAAUACAGCAAAUGCAUAUAUGAACAGAAUGUAUCCAAACAAGCUAUAUGGGCAAUAUGGGAAUAACACAUAUCGAUCUGGUUAUGGUUAUGGCUAUGGUUAUGGUUCCAAUGCUUAUGAUUUACAAAGUAAUUCACGAGGUUGGUCAACCUAUGAUAACAAGUUCAAACCUAGAGGAAGAGGCAACGGUUUCUUUAGCUACAACAAUGAGAAUGUUGAUGGUUUAAAUGAGCUCAACAGGGGUCCAAGAGCAAGAAGCAUCAAGAACCAAAAAGGGUUCACUCCCAUUACUAUAGCUGUAAAGGGAGAAAUUACAACUUUGCCAUCUACUGAUGCCAUUGAAAAAGAGGAGGGUAAAGAAGUCAUUUUGACUCCCGACAGAGAGCAAUACAACCAAGCGGAUUUUCCCGAAACUUAUGAAAAUGCUAAGUUUUUCAUUAUCAAAUCUUACAGUGAAGAUGAUGUUCAUAAGAGCAUCAAGUAUAAUGUUUGGGCAAGUACACAAAAUGGAAACAAGAAACUCGAUGCAGCUUACCAAGAAGCUCAGCAGAUAUCUGGAGGAUGCCCUAUUUUUCUUUUCUUUUCAGUGAAUACAAGUGGACAAUUUGUGGGUGUAGCUGAGAUGAUAGGGCCAGUUGAUUUUGAGAAAAGUUUAGAGUUUUGGCAACAAGACAAGUGGAUUGGUUGCUUUCCUGUAAAGUGGCAUAUUGUGAAGGAUCUUCCAAACAGUUUGUUGAAACAUAUCAUUCUUGAAAACAAUGAGAAUAAACCUGUUACAAAUAGCAGGGACACCCAAGAGGUGAAAUUGGACCAAGGGUUGCAGAUGAUUAAAAUAUUCAAAGAGCAUUCAAGCAAGCAAUGCAUUUUGGAUGAUUUUGAGUUUUAUGAAGAUAGACAGAAGAGGAUUCAGGAGAAAAAAGCAAAGCAACAGCAGUAUCAGAAACAAGCAUGGGAAGGGAAACCGGUGGUUGAUGAUGUGGUGGCCACUGCUGAUGUGGCGGAUUUGGGAAAUGAAGUUGACAAAGAUGUUAAGGUGAGUGAGGUGAAACUUGCGGAUAAUGUUGAAGAGAAAGUAGCGAAUGGUUGCUGAGUUGGCGGUGUGUGUAGGCGGCAGGAGGCUGUUUGACUGGAAAAUUGACAAAUGAGUUGACUGCCGCCUUGAGAAAGUGUGGACUCUGAAUCAAGUGUCUUUGAUAUGAUUUGGUUUUUGAAAGAAGAAAAAGUUUGCAAGGGAGAAAAUAGGGAAAUGUAAAUUUGGAGGAAGAUAGUCUCUCCUCCUAUAGUGGUUUUAGUUACAAACAGUUUUUUUUGAGGACUCUUAGUCUUAGAGAUCUUUGGUUAGGUUUUUCUUUUAGAUGAAAGUUUUCCAUUAUGGUUUGUUUU